AUGGAAAUGCUUUUCCCCCCUUCAUUUUUCACAUUGAUGAUACACCUGAUUGUCUAUUUGGCUGAUGAAGCAAAACUUGGAGGUCCAGUCUAUUACCGUUGGAUGUAUCCGAUAGAAAGGUAUUUAGGACUAUUAAAAUCAUAUGUGCGCAACAAAGCAAAACCAGAAGGAUCUAUUGUAGAGUACUAUAUUACACAAGAGGUUAUUACAUUUUUUUCUCAAUAUCUAGAUGAUAUUGAGACAAUAUGGAAUCGACCUAGUAUGUCGAGGACAAAAAGACACAUCAUGACAAGUAAUUCAGCAAAUUCUAUAGUGGAUCCAACUCAUUCUAUAGAUCCAGGUACAUCUAUGCCAACACCACAGAUUAAUGCACAAGUUGAAGAAGUUGGUCCUCAAAUUAAUGCACAAGUUCAAGAAGGUGGUCAUGUGCAUCAGUCAGCAGUAGAAAGAGAUGAACCUCAGCUUUUUAGGGGUUGCAAAAGGAGUACAACAACAUGGGAUGUGAAAAUUAGAGAUGGAAAUGGGGAACUAAAGCGUCAAAAAAUGCAAACAAUUGACGUAUACUCUCUUCGACAAGGAGAGAAAGUUGUUGUGGAAUGGAAUUCCCGAAAUCAGCUUGUUGAAUUGUCAUGGGGUAUGCUCGCUCAAUUUCUAGGCCACAUUGCAAGUAAUUGUCAGAAUUUUCCUAUCGGAUGUGAAAAGUGGCAAAAGAUCCCAGAGUGCUAUAAAGAUCAUGUCUGGAACAAUAUUAUAAAGACAAAACUGGAGGUAAAUGAUCAUGGACAUAAGCGAUAUAUUUUCAAAAGCUUAGCGAAAAAAUGGCGAGACAGUCGAUACAACUUAUAUAACUUGAUGAAAUGUGAUCCUGAUGGUCCUCGUGAAGCUAACAUAGCAAGGAAACCUCCAGAGAUCCCUUUGGAGCAAUGGGUUGCAUUUGUGGAUUAUAGAGCUCGGCCUAACACGAAGGUAAAAGCAGAACAACAUACAAUAAAUCGCACCCACCAGACAAUGCCCCACACAUUAGGUUCUUAG